CCAAAAUGUGUUAUCCGGAUAAUUCACAAAUUCCAAGGACUCCAUGUCGAGCAGUGCUGGCCUGGUCAAGCCAAAGCCUCGAGCGGCGGCGACUCCUCGCGUCGUAAAGGACGAAGAGGAGCAUGUUUCACCUACCGACGAGACCAAGAAGCGUGAGCGAAGUGACAGCGAGGACGAGGGCGCCGCAGUGAAAAAGUCCAAAGCAGACGACGAGGAUGAGGUCGGCGCUGGUGAGAAACAAUCGGACGGCAGCAUUGUGUUUGAUCUGUCCGCGAAGAAGCAAGUGUCGGUGCGUGCGUGGAAGAGUGCGAUCUUGGUGGACAUUCGGGAAUACUACGAUUCGAACGGAGAAAGGAAGCCUGGGAAGAAGGGGAUUUCGUUGACGAGCGAUCAAUGGAAAGCAGUGACGAAACUCAUCUCGGACAUCGACGUCGCCGUCAAGUGGGUGCAGGAUCCCGACACCCCUGCGGGUACUUAUGAAGCCGACACGUUGAGCGAUGUCGAAGACAAUUCCGUCGCGUUUGCCAUCUCAAGCAAGCGCCGCGCGUCCGUGCGCAAGUUCAAGUCGAUGGUGUUGGUGGAUUUCCGAGAGUAUUACGACGCCAGCGGGACGCUGAAGCCUGGCCAAAAGGGCAUUUCAUUGACCAACGAGCAGUGGACCAAGCUAAAGCAGCGGGCCGACGCGAUCAAUGCCGCCAUGAAGUCGUUCAAGUAGUUCAACAGUCCACGUGCUAAAUCGUCCUAUUAUUCUGUACGAACCCAAGACACAGCAAUACUCUUACACACUCAAUAUCAAAUGGACAUCUAUGUUAUAUCGUGGUGAUCUUCAUACGCUUUGGAUUGCUGCUGCUUCCUGACCGCCCUGCGUCACCGUGCCCUCGCUUGCCUCCGUCGUCGUCACCAUUGUCGUCACCAUUGUCGUCACCAUCGCCGUCACCAUCGCCGUCUCCUCCGCCGUGAUGGUUGUCGCCUUCUUCGGCAUACUGGUGGUGCUGGCUUGAAAACCCAUUGUCAGGGUGGGGCAUAUACUGUUGCUGUGGAUAGUGCUGAGGCUGUUGUUGUUGAUGGUUGUGGUGGUGCAAUGGGUGGUGGUGGUGAUGCUGCGACGGCGAGUCAUAUGGACUGCCGCCGCCACCGCUUCCGUCGUGGGUCUGUCGAUGCGGAUUGAAGCCGAGGUUCUUUGCGUGACCAAAGUCGUUCGGGCCAAGGUUCAAGCCCAACCCACUACUCGACUUGUCAGCGUCCCCAGGCUCGCCAGUCAUUCCUAAGUGCAUACUCCCCCCGUCGGCAUUUUGAGGACUAAACUCAUGCCGAAGCAGCAUGUUGGCCGCUACAACACGCCCACAAGUAUAAGAUGUAGUGGUAUACACGAUCUCUGGCAUAC